AUGCGAUACUUAUGCUCUUUCCGGCGUCGUGCACUCCAGUCCCCGUGCAAACCGACAGAAACAGUUGUCCCCAGCUUAGCCUUUGGGCCCACCAUCAGCGUCCCCUACGAUACCGUCCACGACGCGUUCCGCGCUCAGGCAGAGGCACACCCGUCGCAGACCGCCGUCGUCGACUUCACCGGCCAUUCCGUAUCCUACGGCGAGCUGGAUCGCCUGUCAGUGCAGCUCUCGGUACGGCUGCGUGCCGAGGGUGUGGGCAGCGGCGCCCGCGUCUGCCUGUUGAUUGAACGCUCCAUCGCGCAGACCGUCGCAAUCAUGGCCGUGCUGCGCGCGGGUGCAACUUCAGAAUCAUCAUAUGCGGGAUCAUUGUCUGCGUCUCUCGCAUCGUUUGACAAUGCAUAUAUCAUUUACACAUCUGGAACAACUGGUCGGCCCAAGGGUGUGAUCGUUAGCCACUUCAAUGUGUGCAACUUGCUGUGUCUUUCUCCGGGAAACCUUGGGAUCCGCCCCGGGACUCGCGUCGCGCAGCUUUUGAAUGUUGCAUUCGACAUGUGCGCGUGGGAGAUCCUGGGGUGCCUCAUGAAUGGGAAUACGCUGCACCUCCGCGGGCCCCACAGGCAGGACUGGAUCAAGAUCUUGAAGACGGUGGACGUCGUUAUCAGCACGCCGUCUAUCCUCGCGCAGCACGGCCCUGCAGACUACCCAAACAUCCGCAUCGUCGCGAUGGCGGGGGAGCCGUGCCCACAGGAGCUGGCAGACAGAGGCGCGCUGAACACGAUUGGCAGCCCGACGCCGAACAAUUCGGUUUACGUCCUUGACUCCGAUCUGCGCCCUGUUCCACGGGGUGAGGCGGGAAUAAUGUGGGCUGGUGGAAACGGCGUGUGCAAAGGGUAUCUCAAUCUCCCGGAUCUCACGAGUGGCAAGUUUGUGCGCGACCCGUUCGCGCCCCAAGGCGGUGUAAUGUACAACACGGGCGACAUAGGUCGGCUGUGGGACGAUGGCCAGCUAGACCAUCUUGGGCGCGUCGACGACCAGGUCAAGAUUAAGGGAUUCCGCGUCGAGCUAGACGGCGUCAGCGCUGCGAUACACGCGUGUCCGGAUGUCACGACGGCCUGCGCGCUGCUGGUAGAGCAGGACCUGUGGGCGUUCUACGCGCCUGAGCACGUCUCUGCUUCACAGAUAUCAUGCGUUGUCGUCGAUACCACUUACCUCAGCCUCGUCAAAGUGCAAUCCUAG